GGUGAGGCUUGAAAGGAAGAGGCAGGCUGGGCGGCGGGCUGGCUGUUGCAGCCAGCAGGCGGGGGAGAGCGCGGCUCGUGCCAAGGUUUGCGGGCGGCUAUGCGAAGGGGCCCAGGGCCUCCACCCCCGCCGCGCACCUCGGCUCCCUACCCCCUGCUCCAGCCCCAGGCCCAGUCCAAGCCUCUGCGGAGGUGGGGCGCCCCCUCGUGGCCCACACUCAACAAUGCCAUCCAGAAAAGAAGCUGCUGGUCAGAGUGGAUACAGGACAGGACGGAGGAAGUAAGAAUUUAGUGGAACGCACAGAGGAGGAGGGACAACUGCAGUUGAAGCGUCAUCUCCUUGGGGAGACUUCUGCUGAUGUCCAAAAUCAUGGCUCAUCUGGAUGAAGCUACCCAGAAACUGUCCAGGACCGGGUCGAGCCUCUAUGCAGUGCUGGAGCUGCCGAAGGGAGCCUCCCUAGGAGACAUCAAAAAGGCCUACAGGAGACUGGCCUUGAAGUACCAUCCAGACAAGAAUCCAGGCGAUUUUCAAGCAGCAGAGAUAUUCAAAGAGAUUAACACAGCCCAUUCCAUCCUGAGUGACCCCAAGAAGCGGAAAAUCUACGACAAGCAUGGUUCACUGGGGAUAUAUAUAUAUGAUCAAUUUGGUGAAGAAGGCGUCAGAUACUAUUUUUUCAUAAAUAGUCCUUGGUUCAAGGUACUUCUCAUCCUCUGCUGUCUGCUCACCUGUUGCUGUUGCUGCUGCUUUUGCUGUUUUUGCUGUGGAUCCCUGAAACCACCUACUGGGGAAGUCAUGAGAAGGAAGCAGCAGGAGGAGGAGGAGGAUGCCCAGAGAAAGCCUUCACACCCAGGAAAAAAGAAAUUUAGAAGCAGUGAAAGUGAUAAUGAAAAAUAUUAAAAGAUGAAGUGUAAGGUGCCGCAGCCCAGCCCACUGGACACGGUGGAGAGAGGAGCCAGUGACCCCGUCCUGACCCUGAUUUGUCUCAUCCUGUAAUAACCCCAGCCUCAGGGGCAUUGGUGGUGGUCAUGCCAGUGAAGAUGCCACCUCUGUCCUUGGUGAUGCUACUGGGCCUGGUGGCACAGCAUUGUCCCUGUUCUUCUCCAUUCCAGCUUUAGUCCCUAUGUUAGUCUGUUCAGGAACCGGUGGUUACCCCAUCCCCACUUCUAGGAAGCCUCAGGCAGUGGUGACGCACUCUCCCCAAGCUGUCUUUUCCCAGCAUCUUCUUUGUUGUCAGUGCCAGUGUCUGCUGAUAAAGGACUUGGGACCACUGUCGGCGCCUCCACUGAGUCCCCAGCCAGGAGUAUCCCGGCCCAGGAGUUUCUGGACAAGCCAACUCUUGUUUGUUGCCACUCCGAGGACUAGGAACUCUAGCACCAACCAGCCUCCUCCGCACAGCAGUUUACCUUCCUGGAGCAGGCCUCUCCUGCUGCUGGUGCCCCCACACCCUUGGCACUGCUGACCUCGUGCCAUGCCACUGUGAGUCCAUCCAGCAACAUCUUUGGCUUCUCCCUGGACUACUGCUGCCAGCAUAGUGCCACCCUGCUCACCGCCAACUCUUUUGCAGGCCGACCGCCAUAGAUCCCAUUCCUGAAUCGGGGCCAUGAGACCAGGGUGGGGCCCACAGGCUCCCCUCUGGAGCCCCUUCACACUGCUUAUCUGGUGUCCUUUCCACACCAUUGCCCCCAGACACCCAGGGUCAGACCUAAGAACUAACUCCACACUCCUCUCUUCUGACUGGAGCAGGGCCAAGGAAUGUCAGUAAAUAAAAGAGCUUCCAUCCA